AAUGCCGAACGUGUUGCAGCUUACAAGUGCUCUUAAUUACAAUUGAAACCAGCCAACAUGUCCAAACGCGUACAGCCGGCGUGGCAAGCACCAAAGCCGAUCUCAACACGUCCGCAAUUACGACUGUAUAACAGUCUGACCAGACAAAAGGAGACAUUUGUACCUUUGGAGGGCAAUAAUGUAAAGUGGUAUAGCUGCGGUCCCACUGUCUACGAUGCCUCACACAUGGGACACGCCAGGUCUUACAUUUCGUUUGAUAUACUGCGCCGUAUAUUGGCAAAUUACUUUGGCUACAACAUCCAAUACGUCAUGAACAUCACGGAUAUCGAUGACAAGAUUAUAAAACGAGCACGACAAUAUCAUCUAUAUGAGCAGUAUGCCAAAGAGGUGACACUUCUGCCUCUUGAGCAAUUUCUCAAUGAGCAAAAGGAAGUACUCACUCAAUUGCAAGUCAAGUGUGACAAAAACACCGAUGCUGAUAAGAAAGUAAUGCUGGAGAAGAUGCUGCAACGCAUGAACGAUGCUAUGGAGGCACUUACCAAGGCUGUCAGCAGUAAAGACGAGGACCAAAUCACUAAAAUGAGACAGAAUUAUUUAGCGGAGGCAAAAGAUCCGAUUGCCGAGUGGCUGGAUGGCAGGAAGGGAGCCCAAGUAAAAGAUAAUAGUGUGUUUGAAGCUUUGCCGCGUUAUUGGGAGGAUAAGUUCCACAACGAUAUGAAAUCACUAAAUAUCUUACCACCCGAUGUACUGACGCGAGUAUCGGAAUAUGUGCCGCAAAUUGUUGAGUUUAUACAGCGUAUUAUUGACAAUAAACUCGCCUACGAAGCAAACGGGUCUGUAUAUUUUGAUGUGAAUGGCUUCGAUAAGCGGGAGAAGCAUCACUAUGCAAAGCUGGUGCCGGAAGCCUAUGGUGACACACAGUCACUGCAAGAAGGAGAAGGUGAUUUGUCUGUCACCGAGGAGCGCCUCUCCGAGAAGCGUUCACCCAACGAUUUCGCGCUGUGGAAGACAAGCAAGGCGGGUGAGCCUUGGUGGGACAGUCCCUGGGGACGUGGUCGUCCCGGCUGGCAUAUCGAGUGCUCGGCCAUGGCUUCGGACAUAUUUGGUUCGACAUUUGAUAUACACACCGGUGGUGUGGAUUUGAAGUUUCCACAUCAUGACAAUGAGCUAGCACAAUCGGAGGCGGCAUUUAAUGAAUCCGAAUGGGUUAAAUAUUUCCUGCAUACCGGCCAUCUAACGAUUGCCGGCUGUAAGAUGUCGAAGUCUUUGAAAAAUUUUAUAACGAUACAGGAAGCAUUGACAAAGCAUUCAGCAACACAGUUGCGCCUAGCUUUCCUCUUGCACUCGUGGAAGGAUACGCUCGACUAUUCCGAAAAUACAAUGGAAAUGGCUACGCAAUUUGAGAAGUUUCUUAAUGAGUUCUUCUUGAAUGUCAAGGAUCUAACGCGACAGGUGUUAUCGGGCGAGCCUAUAAAGCAGUUCAGUAACUGGACUCCAUUGGAGGCGUCCUUACAGACCAAAUUUGGUGAAACGCAAGCACAAAUUCAUGCGGCUCUUUGUGAUAACAUUGAUACUCGCAGCGCCCUCGACUACGUCCGGGAGCUGGUAUCCACAACAAACAUUUACAUUCGCGACAAUAAAGCUCGACUGAAUAAUCUCUUACUUCGCAAGAUAGCCACAUAUAUAACAGAUUUGUUGCAUAUAUUUGGGGCCAUAAAUGGCGCACGCGGUGGCAUUGGCUUCCCACUAAGCGGGAGCUCCGAUUCGAAUAGUGGUGAAUCAACCGAUCUGGAGUCAAUUGUAAUGCCUUAUGUUCAAUCCGCAGCCGAAUUCCGUAACUUGGUUCGUGAACAGGCGAAGGCUUUAAAAGCAUUCGAUAUUCUUAAGCUUUGCGACGAUCUGCGCGAUGAUGUGCUGCCCAAUUUGGGAGUUCGUCUGGAGGACAAGGAUGAUGGCACAUAUGCGGUCAAAUUAGUGGAUCGGAAUACGCUAUUGCGUGAACGUGAGGCCAAGCAGGCGAUCGAAGCAGAAAAAGCGGCCGAAAAGGAGCGCAAGAAAAAAGCAUUGGCGGAGGCAGCAGCUGCUAAGGAGGCACAGCGGCGCAUCAAUCCAAAGCAGAUGUUCCUUAGUGAAACUGAAAAGUACUCGGCAUUUGGCGAAGAUGGCCUUCCCACACACGACAAGGACGGCAAGGAGAUUAGCAAAGGACAACUUAAGAAACUUCAAAAGUUGCAGCAACAACAGGAAACACGUUACAAAGAGUAUUUGGCUACCGUUAACGGAGCCUAGAAUUUGUCCCAUUUUGAUAUUAAAUAUUAAUAUAAGCGAUAUCACUUACAAGUUUAA